GCAGGCCACCCACGGGACCACACUAAUAAGGUCCCAGUUGCAGGUUACAAGCUGCCGCCAGUCUCGAGGCCAUGUGAUGUGGUCAUCUAGAUCAGCAUCAGCAACCCCUCUACCGCUUCCCUCCUCUCCUCUUCUUCUUUGUCCGCCCUGCAGCUGGGAAGGCAGAAAUGCCCCUCCCAGUAUGAGGAAGAGCCUGUGAUCACCGUCAGUCAUCGUCACACGCCAAAGUUGGACGGACUGCGCCGGGUCCGCUUUAUCACCACCAACACCAACCACCCAGCCAUCGAGCCAUCCUGCCGCCGGCCCUCCCGCCUCUCUUGCGCACGCGACCACUCCUGCCUACCCUAUAGAUACUCUCGACCGGGCGGGCUCUGUUGUAGUUAAGCCAGCUUCCCCUCACGCCGCCUUCCCGGCCGCGUCCCACCGCCCUACCACGAUCGUAUCACUUUAGCCUCCCAUCCGACUUUUCCACAACCUGUACCCAUCCUGUCCGCCAGACGCAUCAUGGCAGCCGAGCUGCGGCAGAGGCCUGUCGCCGUCAAGGACGAGCUGCCCGCCCCGGAGCUCGUGCCGGGCCUGGGCGACAAGCACCGAAGACCAGAUGUCGCACAUCCUUCGGGAAAGGAGAAGAAGAGCCAGCUCACGCAGUGGUUGAGGGGCCUCAGCUUUGUCGCCUACUUCCUGUCCUGUUGUGUCGCAAUCAACAUCACCCAGUUUAUCGGCGCCCCUCUCUACGUAAUCAGCCGCGAUGUCUACUACGCAUACAUGGCCCUCACCAAGGAGUCUUUUGGGCUCUUGAUCACCACCAUGACCAAGAUCUGGGGCCCCACCACCAUACGCAUAAGCGGCGAUCACUCCGUCGCCGGCCAGAUCAGGCGCACACCCGACGGCCGCGUCCAUUUCUCCUUUCCCGAGCGCAUCGUCAUGAUCGCCAACCAUCAGAUCUACACCGACUGGCUUUAUCUGUGGUGGGUCGGCUACGCGAACUCGCCACAGAUGCAUGGCUACAUCUACAUUAUCCUCAAGGAGUCCCUCAAGUACAUCCCCGUCAUCGGGACCGGCAUGAUGUUUUACGGCUUCAUCUUCAUGUCCCGCAAGAUGGCCGUCGACCAGCCCAGGAUGGCCUACCGCCUCAACAAGCUCAGGACCGCCCACACCGCCCCCGACGGCACUUCCUUUCUCAACCCCAUGUGGCUGCUCCUGUUCCCCGAGGGCACCAACCUAUCAGAUAAUGGCAGGGUCAAGUCGGCCAGGUGGGCCGAGAAGGCCGGCGUCAAGGACUGCAAGCACCAGCUGCUGCCUCGGAGCACUGGCAUGUACUUUGUGCUAAAGGAGCUCAAGGGCUCCGUGGAAUAUGUCUAUGACUGUACCAUCGCAUACGAGGGAAUCCCCCGAGGGAGGUACGGCGAGGAGUUCUUCGGCUUGUCCAGUACUUAUUUCCAGGGACAGGCGCCCAAGUCCGUUAACUUCUACUGGCGCCGCUUUCGCGUUGAUGAGAUGCCACUCGACGAGCCGGAAAAGUUUGAAACCUGGCUGCGAGAGAGAUGGUAUGAGAAGGAUGCGCUCUUGGAGACGUAUACAACAACGGGCCGGUUUCCGAGGCUGCCAACCGAGCCCGGCAAGGCGGACACCGAGGUGCCCGAUUUUAUCGAGACUGAAGUCAGAACGAAGUACUGGUGGGAGUUCCUCAGGAUAUUUGUCGUUCUCGGUAUAUUUGGCCUCCUGGGGAACCUGGUCGUCAAGUUUUGGUACAGGAUGUCACGCAUUGUGUCUUCAUGAACCUGUUCAUCACAGGAAUACACCAGCCACCGCACCAUCAUCGGGAUGCACACGGUCCGGAGAGACCGGCGAAUCGCCGCACAGUUUACUGGAGUUUUCUUUUGGUAUUUCCUUUUGGGGUUUUCUUUUAGGCUGCCACGCGAAAGAGGCUUAGAGAUAGGUCGCACUGCUGGUUAGGUGUUGUUGGGAUACCACGGUUCAUGUCGGUCUGGGUCGCUGCUUCAAGUACCUUGCUUUCCUCGAGAGCAUUACACCUUUCCGAAUCAUAUGGUUUAACAAUCAAUUCAUGGAUAUUAUCAUAA